UCGGAGUAGACCCGUGUGCCACUCUGUUUGGGGCUAGGCGGCCGAGGGAGGACAGGUCGGGGAGAAACUGCCCACGGACGCAUCACACAGGCUCACGUAUGGCGUGUUCACCGCGUGAAACGCCUUCUAACUGCUGAGAGCAAAGGCUGGAUUGGUAGUGGUGUAACCCAGCCUCCUGCUGUCCUUGAUAGCAGCAUGAAGAACAGGGCAACCAAAAAUAUAUCUGUCAGCAGAAUGGGAGUGAGGAGGAAACUGAAGAGUGCUGAACAGAUCACUGAGCUGUGUAGGAGUUUUAACGACACCCAGACCCACAGCAUGGAGGGACCGAGGGAGAGCCCGGACCCGCCUCCGCGGCCGCUGGCCCGCCACCUGUCCGACGCAGAUCGCCUCCGGAAAGUCAUCCAGGAGCUGGUGGACACGGAGAAGUCCUACGUGAAGGAUCUGAGCUGCCUCUUUGAAUUAUACUUGGAGCCGCUGCAAAAUGAGACCUUUCUUACCCAAGAUGAGAUGGAGUCCCUUUUUGGAAGCUUGCCAGAGAUGCUUGAAUUUCAAAAGGUGUUUCUGGAGACUCUGGAGGACGGGAUCUCAGCGUCAUCUGACUUUAACACACUGGAAACCCCCUCGCAGUUCAGAAAGUUGCUGUUUUCCCUGGGAGGCUCUUUCCUGUAUUAUGCUGACCAUUUCAAACUGUACAGCGGAUUCUGCGCUAAUCACAUUAAGGUCCAGAAGGUCCUCGAGCGAGCCAAAACUGACAACGCCUUCAAGGCUUUCCUGGGUGCCCGGAACCCCACCAAGCAGCACUCGUCCACGCUGGAGUCCUACCUCAUCAAGCCCGUGCAGAGAGUGCUCAAGUACCCCCUGCUGCUCAGGGAGCUGGUGUCCCUGACGGACCACGACAGCGAGGAGCACUACCACCUGACAGAAGCUCUGAAGGCGAUGGAGAAAGUAGCAAGCCACAUCAAUGAGAUGCAGAAGAUCUACGAGGACUACGGGACCGUGUUCGACCAGCUCGUGGCAGAGCAGAGCGGAACUGAGAAGGAGGUAACAGAACUUUCGAUGGGGGAGCUUCUGAUGCACUCCACCGUUUCCUGGCUGAAUCCAUUUCUGUCGCUAGGAAAAGCCAGAAAGGACCUUGAGCUCACAGUGUUUGUUUUUAAGAGAGCUGUCAUAUUGGUUUAUAAGGAAAACUGCAAACUGAAAAAGAAAUUGCCCGCGAAUCCCCGGCCUGCGCACAACUCCGCUGACUUGGACCCCUUUAAGUUCCGCUGGUUGAUCCCCAUAUCCGCACUUCAGGUCAGACUGGGGAACACAGCAGGGACAGAAAACAGUUCCAUCUGGGAGCUGAUCCACACGAAGUCAGAGACAGAGGGGCGGCCGGAAACCAUCUUCCAGCUGUGCUGCAGCGACAGUGAAAGCAAAACCAGCAUCGUCAAGGUGAUCCGAUCUAUUCUGCGGGAGAACUUCAGACGGCACAUCAAGAGCGAACUCCCCUUGGAGAAAGCGUGCAAGGAGCGCCUGGUGCCCCUGAAGAACCGUGUUCCCGUUUCAGCCAAAUUAGCUUCGACCCGGUCCUUGAAAGUGCUCAAGAGCCCCCGCAGCAGCGAGUGGCCGGGCGAGCCUGGCCGGGGCAGCUCCCUGGACUCCGACGACUGCAGCCUGAGCAGCAGCACCCAGAGCAGCGGCUGCCACCCCGCCGGGGGCGGGCAGGGCUCCCUGAAACACCCGCACACAGGCCUGCCCGACUUCUCGGACGGUCUCAUCAAAGAGAGCGACAUCCUGAGCGACGAGGAUGAGGACCCCCAUCAGACCUUGCCGCAGGGCAGCCCCACCAAAGACAUCGAGAUCCAGUUCCAGAGACUGAGGAUCUCCGAGGACCCGGACGCUCACCCCGCUGAGCAGCAGCCUGAUGAGGAUGGCCAGCCACCGGGGGAGCAGCCCAAGCUGGUCCGGGGGCACUUCUGUGCCAUCAAACGAAAAGCCAACAGCACCAAAAGGGACCGGGGGACCCUGCUCAGGGCACAGACACGCCACCAGUCCCUGGACACGCAGUCGGAAAGUGCCAGCCUCGACCUCAACUCGGUCCUCGAGCGCGAGUUCCGCGUCCAGAGCCUGGCGGCGGCGGUCAGCGAGGACUGCUGCUACGGGGCGGGGCGCCUGGGGCAGUCCUAG